UUGUUUGUUUCGUUUCUUGGUUCGUUUGAAAUUAUCUCGCCACGCUGUUCGUAACACUUUGUCACUCCUCUCGUCGCCGAGUGUGUGUCCUUUUUUUCAUGGUGUGCGCGGCGAGCACGACCACGCGGCGCCAGCGAAGAUGUGCAUCACGUUCGGAACAGUUAAGGUCCAGAGGUUGGCCGAAUACGAGAGGUACCUGGGCCAGGAGGCGAGAAAUCUAGUGGAGAACGGAAACGGAAGCGUCGGGAGUGGCGCUGUACUUCAACGUGGACAGCUCGAGGGUGAUCUUCAUCGUAUUCAGGAACUCUUUCCUGGUGAUAACCUCCGGCUACACGAGCGAGAUGUCCUCACCACGAAAAUGAAGAGUCUGAUUCGCAAGAGGAACGGCGGCAAUCCUGGAAGGCUGACGAGAGUGUUGUCGCAGAAAUCUUUAAACGUGUCCAACAACUCACCGGCCCCGAAAUCACCGCCGAGGACCUUCCUCUUGGAGACACCGGUGCAGUUCACCACGGGCGUGCAGUCCCAGGACAGACACCUUUUCCUCUUCUCCGAUCUGUUGCUCAUAGCAAAGGCGCGAAGCGGCGGUAACUUCAAGCUGAAACAAUCCGUAAGAAUGAGCGAGCUGUGGCUAACUGCCGGGCACAUAGAGGACGUGGCCGAAACGAGCAAGUCCCAGGAGACGAGCUUCGUCCUUGGCUGGCCCACUACGAACGUUGUUGCGACUUUCAUGACUGCUGCAGCGAGGGACCUCUGGUGGGGACGUUUGACCGAACUCGUACGAGAGGAGAGUAUGAAAGAGCCGCCGGACACGAACAUUCAAGUCGUGUAUCACGACAGUGACACGAACACGGAAUACUGUAAGACGAUUAUGGUGGGAUCCGAGAUGACAGCGGCGGCCUGCGUGAAUCUUGCUACACGUCUCCUGGACCUCCAAGGACCUUUCCAGUUGUGGGCAAGAACGUCCGCCGACGAAGCGCCCUAUCCACUGAUAGGACACGAGAGGCCUUUCGCCGUCAAACUGUCGAAUCUAAGACACACGCUGUCCGCGGAGGAAGGUUUCGAUCUGGAGCACUGCAACAAAAGUGGACACGACACGUGCCACUUCAUACUACGUCCGGUACCAAAGUCGCCGGUGAAGAAGAACAAAUCGAAGAUCACCGGGUUACUGAGGAGAUCCCUUUCGUUGAACCCGAGUUUGUUCGGCGUUAAUUUGUCCAGGCUCGAUGAGAAUGGAUUACCCAAGCCCGUGUUGGUGAUGCUUCAACAAUUGUUCGCUAAGGGACCAUUCACGCAAGGGAUCUUCAGGAAAUCGGCCAACGUUCGAAUCGUUCGCGAGCUACGCGAUCAAAUCGAAUCUACUGGCGAUCCCAGCUGCUUAGAGGAUGCCCCGAUCAUAGCCGUGGCCGCGCUGCUCAAAGAUUUCCUGAGAUCUCUGCCGGAUCCUCUGCUAACUUCCCAUCUGUUCCCUCUCUGGAUGGACAGCCUGGACACACCAAAUCCCGUUCAAACGAUUAAAAAUAUUUUAGAUAGAUUACCGAAAGCGAAUUACACGCUGCUGUCGCAUCUGAUCUGCGUUCUGCACCACGUGGCACGGCGAUCAAAGCACAAUCUCAUGUGCGCCAGUAAUUUGGGCGUGUGUUGCGGUCCAAGUUUACUCUGGUCGCCAAAUCCGUCAGUGAAUCAGAGCAGGGCGAUUCCUACGUUGACGGAGAUGUUGAUUCGUCAUUGUGAAGUCCUGUUUGGGGAGGGUAUCACGCAGCUUCUUGGGGAAGAACGGAGCGACAGUGGAGCCGAGGAGAGCACCGAUAGCCUUCACUCAGGUGGGCUUUCUCUGGACAGCCUGGACCUGACGGAACCACCGCGCAAGGACCACAUGUCUCUUUCGAGAGACUCCGGUCUGACCCUGUCGGAUUGUCAGCUGUUCAUACCAGAGUCUCCGGUGGGCUCCGAGGAUUCCGCCGUGAAUGCCUCGUCGUCCAGCUUCGACAAAUCUCUCACCAAGGAGGACAAGUCUACCAGCAAAUCGUACAUUCGCGUCUACGGCGGAUGGGAGGAACGAAUAAACGGUUACGCGGCAAACAAUCAUCAUACGAGCACCGUGGAGCAUAAUUUCAGGGAGGAGAAGAACAGCGUCGGCUAUCCGAAUCCAAAUUUCCAGAGGCAAGACUGGCUGAGGGCACAGCUGAAGAGAACGCCGAGGACCAAGUUGGACGAACACGAUCACCGUAAAGACAGGUUCGACGAGAAGGAUAUCUACGGCAGGGACUAUCUCAGACAGGAUUCCAUGAAAGAGAACGUAGAAAAUUGCAAAGAUAUAUACAGCAGGAACUCGCAGCUGGACAUAACGCGGGAUCUUCGGUCGGAAUACGAAAGAGCCACGCAGCAGGACACCAUCUGCACGGAACGGGUCUCCAUUCACAAUUCGGAGCAGGAUCUGACGGGAGACACGACGCUGUCCAGCGACAGAUACGAAUUCAAGAAGGAGCGAUUUAACGAGUUCAAGAAGGUCAAGUCGGAAAUGUAUGUUAAUCGCGAGUCACCCGUCUCGCAGAACGGUAGCUACCAUUCGGGAAGCGAUUUGUACGAGUUCAAGAAGGUGAAAAGCGAGAUAUACGUGAACAAAGAAACGACCCGCACGGAGAGAUACGAAUCGGAGAGCAGCAUCUACGGGAACAGGGACAGAACCGGCGAGAUAUACGGCUCGAGAGAGAGGAACGAUUUGUAUUCGUUCAAACAGGCCGAGGCCAUCGAUUUGUACGGCGACGAGGACGACGAAGAGGAGAGAACGUGGCCGGAUACACCACCACCACUACCACCGAGAUUGAGGCAUCUGCCACCGGUGCACAUGAAUCUGGAAGACAGACACAAAGUGGCUGGGAGGUCAAGGUCUUUACCACCGCCGCCUCCUUAUCGCCCGCCUCCUCAACCUCGUGCCCCGGUUACCACCAGACACCUAGGAUACGGAAGAUCCGUUGUCGAUGACGAGAGUUACGUUUAGUACGAAACGAGGAGCCAUUACAAGUCUGCGUGUACGUGUGUCGUGUGCGAAUGCGUGUUGCGUGUAUGUUAGCACCUCGAGAGAAUCAAAGAAUCGAAAAAAUAAGUCGCGGAUCGAGAUCGUGAAUAGACGUGGUCUCGUUAACGACUGAAACUAGUCCAAACUGGAACGCACGUACAAUAUUGGGGACAAUAGCUGAUCUGUAUAAUAUCGUGGUCAUCGAUGAACGAAGAAUUAUACAGAGUUGUUUUAUCGCGUAAAACAGAUCGAAAGAAAAGCAAAGUGUAACUACGUCUACGCGUCGGCUGUUGGCGAUUUUUAGCGAUAGGACUUGACUGUUAUACAGUGAUCCAGGGUGCUUCCACGAACCUUAAUUAAUAGGUUUCUCUCUCUCUCUCUCUCUUUUAAUUAGUUAUUCAUAUUCAUGUUUAUUGUUAAGCAUAGACUGUAGAGGACAAGAUUUGCGUCGAGAUGGUAUUACUCGUAAUUUGUCUCCUUACGCGAAGAAAUUUUGUAAAAAUGAAGGAGAACGAAGUAUAUAUAGUAUACAAAGUAUACAUAGUAUACAAAGUAUACAUAGUGUGCGAAAAGAGAGAAAAAAAGAGUUGCCGUCUAGAGAAGGAAAAUCAGGCAUCAAUAUGUGUGGAACGAAUUCUGAUAAUAAAAUGCAAAUUUCAUUGCAGCCACGCAGAGCGAGGUUCGCGUUUCCACUUGUCGUACUAGCGUCAUCUUUUUAAAUACGUUCGUAUAGCUAAACGCACAUUUCUGUCUCUGUCGAAAUGUUCCACAAGAGAUCGUCGGAUAUUCGUUCGCAGAUUCGCGCAAUAAGAAAAACAACAUUGACUGCCCUAUCGCGUUUCCUCUUGUGUUCUUUGUAUGAUGCAUUCGCGUUUCUCAUUUCCUUCUUCUCUUCUAACAGGAACCUGAUUCAUUGCAGAAUAAACAUGAAAGUUAAAUCAUUCUUCCAUCUCCCUCACUGUCUCGUUCUGUCUCUUAUUUUUUUCUCUCUGUUAAUUACAAUUACACCAUAUUGUCAUCUAUCUUUUUUUUUUUAACUUAGAAUAUAUAAAUCGUAGAGUGCUUCAUACGCGCGAUUAUCUUAAGCUGUAAGGUACAGGCGAAGGUUGAACAAAGUUGUUCGAUCGUGAUCCAAACCUUUCGCCCCUCUCUGUAUAUAUUAAUGUAAACUGUAAUCUUUUAUAUCAUUGAACUUAUAUGAUAUAUCCUAUACAAUGCCCGUAAGGUAUGUAUACUUAUCUAAAUUAUACGACAUGCUAUGAAAAGUAAAAUAUAUUUCGUAUUUUAUACAGUUGCAUGUA